GAUGAUGACGAUGAUGACGGAGAUGCAAUAAAAGGAGGGGAAAGCUUACAACAGAAACUAUUUUCUCACAAAAAAUGUCACCAGGUCGCUCUGAAGUUUUCCAUUUAACUUGCAUAAAAUGAUGUAAAAAUGAAAUCUUCUUUUGGUGUUUUUUGAAUAAUGGUGAAAAGACAAGAAUUGAUAUUAAUUCAGGUGAACAGCUGGUUGGAGGGAGUGUUUGGGGAUCAGCCAGUGCCAUCAUUUGAGGUGAACACCAGGACUGUGGACAUACUGUAUCAGCUGGCUCAGUCCAGUGAAGCCCGCUGCAGUGAUACUGCUCUCCUCAUUGAAGACUACAAGCAGAAAACAUCAGAGUAUCAGGCUGACGCUGCUCACCUUGAGGAUGUUCUUCUGCAUGGUGUCGGCUUGUCUGGGGCAAGCUUGUCAGAGCCGACUGCAAACUACGUGUCUGCUUUAGUGGACAAUGCUAUGGUGCUGCGAGUGAAAGACACAUCACUGACCAGCUUCAUGCCAGCAAUCAACAAUCUCACCGAUGAUCUUCUGGAAGUCGAGAAGUCAAACAGAAAACUCGAAAGGGAACUAAGGGCACUCCAAAAAAGACUCGGUUCAAUUCUGGUGCUGCGGGGAAACCUACAAGAGGAUAUCGACAAAACUACCAAAUCUCAAGCAGUGGAGAGUGCAAAAGAAGAGGAGAGGCUGCUCAACGUGGACUUUGUGACGGCCAAGACUCAAGAGCUCCGUAUCAGACAGCAGAGGUUGGAGGCUCAGCUUGUAUCCAGGAACAUGGACAAGUCUAUCACCCACCAGGCCAUUGUGCAGCUUUCUGAGGAACUCAGGGCACUGCAAAACGAAAUAAUCCUCCUGAAAAAGAAGCUGGAGUCGUACAUGGACCUGAGUCCGAGCCCAUCUCUUGCACAAGUGAAGAUGGAAGAAGCAAAAAGAGAACUAGUUGCACUCGAUUCCAAACUGGAGACAAUGAAGGCUAUAAAAUGAAGUUGGAUGUUGCGCAGUCCUUUCUUUAAAAAUAAAGUUUUUGCAGUCAUA